AUGCCGAAACAGACGAGUACUACUCUACCUGUGCCGGAAAUUGGGUUGAAGGGGCUGGGCGCGCCAUCCGACGGCCUGUACCUGAGGGAGGACAUCGAAAUCAAGUGCAACAUCACAGUGCUCAGUUUUGUCAAGUCGCAAUUAAGAAAGGCCGGCGGCGAGAUGGUCAAGCGCAUUAUCAAGAAGGCAGAGCUGUUGGAUGCCGGGGUGCUUCAGGCCAUGAUCGAGGACGGAAAGCUCAGGACGAUCAACCCAGCCGACAGAAGCAGCCAGCUCAAAUCACCACUCCCGUCUCCUACCAGCCUCCGGUACUCGCCAUCCGUCAGCGGCUCGCCCCCGUUGGGGUCACCGCCCAUUCCAUAUCAGGUCCCCCGGGUGCAAUCGUCAUAUGCGGGAUACCAGCGGCCUAGCACCUCUGGUUCGCAAGGUGUCGUGGCGUACGGGAUGCAGGAGGGUGCCCAAGAACUUCCAGCUGGGCAUGCAGGACAAGCAAGUCCACCAGCACAAGCCCCCAUCGAGAUGCCCGGCGACUUCUAUUAUACGUCCCCUAACCUGCAAUCCGACCGGCAAUCACCACCUCAGGCGUUCCGGUCAUCCCCCCCUCCCAGCAACCGAGAAUCAUUUAUUGACCCAACCCAAUCGUCCAACACAAGCCCGAACCCAUCGGUGGGCGGCCAGUGGACGACGCCGGGUCCACGACCCAUCUCGGGGUCCUCGGGAGCCCCGAGCCCUGGCCUGGACAACAAGGGUUUCCCAGCGCCCCUUGCCCCUCACAGAGAGACCGCUAAGGAGCACCAGGACGACAAGAAGGCGCCCACCCGGGCGCCGCAGCCGCCUCAAUAUGUGCCCUACAACCCGGCUGACUACGCCAAGAGGCCGCCAGGGCAACCCCAAUACGGGCAUGGUCAAUUGGACCAGAGGUACAGUUAUACGUGA